AUAAGAAGAUAUGAAUAGAUUACAACAGUCUAGAGUACGAAAACUAUUUAACUAAAUAAAAGUAGUUCGAGAAACAACAUGAAGGUUGUAUUUAGUUCUAGUUAAAGUGAUUCUAAACGACGUGUCAUAAUAUCCAGAAACUUUCCGACACUUCUUUGAUUUCUCUUUAUAUUCUCACCUUCAUUUAACAGUCUCAAUCACUAAAUCUAAACCCCCCCCCCCCCCCAAAAAAAAAAAAAAAAAAAAAAACUAAAACGACAUCGUUUUUACCCUGUCUCUUGAAAAAAUGGCAGUGGCAAGACUAGCCUUGAAGAAUUUGCAGCAAAAAACAGCUUCUAAUAUUCUAAAUAAUAAUACUAAUUUAAUUGGGGAGAGAUUGGGUGGAGUGCAAGUCCAUGGUUGGAAGUAUGGUCUUCUACAGAGGCUAUCAACAUCAGCUGGAUCAGAGGGUAAAGAAGUGACUGUUCAAAGUGAUGAAGGCGGUCGCAGCCGUAACAUUGGUAGCCGGUGGAAGUCCUUGUUGCCUAGACCGUUUCGAAAGCCGGCUAGUCUUUGGAGGAGGAGGGAUCGUGCUCGUGACACUCACCCUUUAGAAAAUUUCACAAACCCUAGCCUAGGAAAUGCAUUAUUAGAAGCAGCAGAAAACAUGAACAGGCUAUUUGAAAAUGUGAUACCAACCCAUAUGAUGAUGACACCACCCACACAAUUCAUGGGCAAGUUCAAAGAGACGGAUGAAAGCUACAAGCUACGUUACGACAUGCCGGGUUUAAGUAAGGAUGAUCUUAAGGUGACCGUCGAUGAUGGCGUGCUAAAGAUUCGUGGAGAGCGAAAGGUGGAGGAGGAAGAUGAGUCUGAUGAUGAGUAUUUCAUGAGUUAUGGGUACUACAACACUAGCCUAGUUUUGCCUGAUGAUGCUAAACAAGAUGAUAUCAAGGCUGAGUUAAAGGAUGGUGUGCUCACUAUUACUAUACCUAAAACUGAGUCUCAUGGAAAAGAUGUUAAGGAGAUUGAAGUUAACUAAUUUGGGACUUUUUAUUUUGGUUUCAAAUAAAUGAGUUAUGUUUAAUUGUGUAUGAUAUGAUGAAAUAAUGUUUAUUGAUGUUGAAUUGUCUUAAGGUGGAUGUUAAAAUCUAAUUCAAUGUUCAUCAUGUAUUUUUAAGUGUUAUUUUGGGUUAUGGAUGUUA